AUGGGACAUAAAAAAUCAAAAUUAUAUCAUCAUCCACAAGUAGAAAAAAGCUAUACAACAUUAACGAUGAGUCAAAUCCGAUAUAUAUGUCGACACACAAAUUUAAUUGACAAAGAAGUUUGUCGGCGACAUGACCAAUUUUUAAAAAUGUCAGAAGAUGGUCUAUUGACCAUGGGACAAUUCACAAGUAUUUUACAAGCAAUAUGGCCUACAGGCAACGUUAAUGAAUUUGCCGAUUAUGUAUUUAAUUUAUAUGAUAAAGAUAAACAAGGAUUUCUUGAAUUCACUGAAUUCAUCAUUCUUAAUUGUCAAUUGAAUAAUGAUCAAUUUUAUCGUGGUUGCUUAUUCGAUAUGAUCGAUACGCAUCACAAAGGUUUAUUGUCUCGAGAAAAGAUUGAACCACUCUUCAUGGCUUUAUUCAAACUAAUUGGACAUUCCACAAACGAACAAAAUGGUACUAGCAUCUCUCAACGACAUAUUGUUCAUUUGCUUCAAGUAAUUGAUGAAAGUAAGAAUAAAUGUUUAUCGCGCAAUCAAUUUAUCAAUAUUGGAAAUACUAUCUGGACUGAUGAAGACAAUGGAAUAGGUGUUCUACUCGCUGAACAUCCAUGUUGA